GGCUUUGGUGGGCUCUCGCGAGCUCAGCAAAACGGCCCGAACCGAGGCUUCACUACACCACUCGGCUGUGGUGGUGCUGGUGCUGGCCUUCUCCCUCGCGCCGCGGGCAGCAGCCACUGGCCGUCGGUUCCAUCUCUACCGCUCGUGUUCUCCCGUCAGACCCUAAGAAAUGGCAGCGACUGCGAUUGCAACAUCAUCCUUGGCUUCAGUUCCUCGCAAAAAGCAGCCCCGCCUUGGAGCCAGUACCUUCAAUGCACAACAAUUCAGUGGUUCCAGCUCCCACUGGCACGCUGUCAAUCUGAGAUCGAGAGUGCCAAGGCCGCGCGCCGCAAACCGGGCCGUCGUCGCGCAGGCCGGCAGCUACAAGGUGGCCAUCCUCGGCGCGGCGGGUGGGAUCGGGCAGCCGCUCUCCCUCCUGAUCAAGAUGUCUCCACUCGUCUCGGCGCUGCACCUGUACGACAUUGCAAACGUCAAGGGUGUCACUACCGAUCUCAGCCACUGCAACACACCGGCGCAGGUCGCCGGCUUCACUGGCAAGGAUGAGCUCGCCGGCAGCUUGGCCGGCGUGGACGUCGUCGUCAUCCCCGCCGGCGUACCCCGGAAGCCCGGCAUGACGCGGGACGACCUCUUCGGCAUCAACGCGGGCAUCGUCAAGGAGCUCGUGGAGGCGGUGGCGGACAACGCUCCGGGGGCACUCAUCCACAUCAUCAGCAACCCGGUGAACUCCACCGUCCCGAUCGCAGCCGAGGUCCUGAAGCAGAAGGGUGUGUACGACCCGAGGAAGCUCUUCGGCGUCACGACCCUCGACGUCGUCCGCGCCAACGCGUUCGUCGCGGCGAGUAAGAGCCUCCCGCUCGCCGACGUUGACGUGCCGGUCGUCGGCGGCCACGCGAGGGCCACGAUCCUGCCGCUGCUGUCGAAGGCGAGGCCCAAGACGUCGUUCACGGACGAGGAGGCCGAGGAGCUCACCGCGAGGAUCCAGAACGCCGGCACCGAGGUGGUGGAGGCCAAGGCCGGCGCGGGCUCCGCGACGCUGUCCAUGGCGUACGCAGCGGCCCGGUUCGUGGAUGCAUCGCUGCGUGGCCUCGACGGAGACGCCGACGUGUACGAGUGCUCGUACGUGCAGUCCCAGGUGACGGAGCUCCCGUUCUUCGCGUCCAGGGUGAAGCUCGGGAGGGACGGCGUGGAGGAGGUGGUGGGCUCGGAGCUCAGGGGCCUCUCGGACUACGAGGCGCGCGCGCUGGAGGCCCUGAAGCCGCAGCUCAAGGCGAGCAUCGACAAGGGCAUCGCGUACGUGCAGCAUCAGCCAACAGCGGCAGCGCUGAACUGAUGAACCUGAUGAAGAAUUGGCCGUCGUUUGGUAUCAGGUAUGGGCGCUUGGCUCCAAUUUUGUAGCGCUGCACGCCCAACAUUCCUUUGUAGCAUUCCUAGUGGAUGUUGGACGGAACAGCCGAUGGCAUUCUGAAUCUUAGCGAGAUCGGUACCACACAACCGGAAAUUCCUGAAAACAACUGCAUUCUCUUGUGCCGAAAUGACAACUCGGCUCGGUUUGAGAUCAACACAAGCAAAUGCUUCUGAUUUCGAAA